CUCUACCAUUCAACUGGUGGAAUUUACGCCGGACCGUAUCCCCAGAUAUGCAAUCCUGUCCCACGCCUGGGAAGAGCAUGAGGUUCUUUUCACAGAUAUGCAACAUCACACCGAACAAAGAAAUUCCUCAUGGCCAAAGGUCCAAGGAGCAUUUGGGCAAGCGCGGUCCUAUGGGCUUGACUAUAUCUGGAUUGACCCCUGCUGCAUCGUCAAGAGCAGCAGUGCGGAGCUAUCUGAGGGGAUCAUGAAGCAAUCAGACGAUCAGCGUGUUAGAUAAGAAGUUCGACGCCGUUCAGGUUUCCCUGAUCUCCCGCGGCCUGCUACCAGAUAUGCUACCAAUGGGACAAAAAGCCCAACUGGACGAUCUCAUUGUGUCUGUCUUUAGCAGCAAAGGAUGCCAUAGGAUCCGGUCCCGGUCAUUACUCGCUAUACAUCUCCAUAGACGAACAAUAACAGUAAAUUCCAUAACCAGCUUACUCCUCCCAAGAACCAUUUCCAUACAAAACAACCUACGAACUCAACCUCACAACCCUCGCCGCCUCAUCAUGACACCUCCCCAACCGAUUCUUCCCUUUCCAAUUCGC